AUUGGUCGGCGGAGGAGACGUUGCGCUUUGUGCGCGCACUUGUUGAUGUCGGUCGCGAUGGCAUUUUAAAUCAGGCGACAAACGGUUGCACGCCAGAGCAACGGGCCCAGGAGUAUCGGAAAAUCGCGAAUAUAUUGAACGCCGAGCGCGCUUCUACGGUUGUUAUUUUUUCAUUAUUUAAAAUUUAUUUUAAAUGGUGUUAAAUAUUUUUUCUUUCAGGGAAUUGUUCGCGAACCACUACAUCUGCAGAAUCGGUUCAAGCAAAUAAAGCAGUAUUUGCAGACAUAUUCGACAUGGCAGCGGCAAGUUUCAAUGGGAACUGGUGGCGGACUUGCGAAACCCAUGCCAGUGUCUUUAACCGUUCCUCUCACUGGAGCCAUGCUAGAAUUGCUUGCGAUUCUGCGUGAUCGCUUCUGUGGCCUCCAUUCCGAAUUUGACAGCGAUAUGGUAAUUUAUGGAAGUUCGGCAAACAGCAAAGAGCACUCACUGCUGAAUACGGAAGCAUUGCCCGAAACACAAAUGCCGGAUGAUACACAUACCCCAUUGUAUGUUCAAAACAAAGAUGUAUUGGGUGUUCAAAACACGACGUUAGAGGAGGUCCAAAUUGUGAAUAUCACAGCGAAGCCGUCAUCGACCAUAUUGACUCCCAGCUGUAACUUCUCCAGUCCUUUAAUCGUCUCCACCAGCUCGCCGUUGCCCAAGGAAGCAUCGGCAGUAGAACCGCGACAAUAUUUUGCAACAGUUGCACAACAGCGGCAAGCACGGAAACGCAGAUUCCGUGACCCAAAUAAUGCCGAAAAUGAAAUGCGCCAGCAGCUUAUAAAUCUUGAAUUAACGCAGUCACGCGAACUCCACGCAACAAACAUGCGCCAUGCCAUCGAGUUACAUACUGCUAAUAUGGAAGCGGUUAUGCUACAAAAAACUGCUCAGAAGCAAGUAAUGCAAUACUUCGCUAAGCGGGAACAAGAAGCGCAGGAGCAUCACAACCUAUACUUAAAGACGCACAAACCGAUGAAUGCACAAGAAUCUGAAAAAAUCGUCCAGGAGGAGCUUGAAGUUUCGAGCUUUUAUGACGACAUAAAACAUUCAGUAUAGUUUCGCGCAACAGUGUGUUAUUUAUUUUUUUUUUUAUAAGUACAGGUUUGUUUUAACUAGUUUUUCUUGUUUAAUGUUUUUAAAACAAAAAUAUGUUAUUCAUUGCAAAAAAUAAAUGAAUUAAAUGAAAUUAUCCUCCCUUUUCUAAUCAAGGCAAGUGAUUGGUGUGUGUGUUCACUUGGCGACGAAACAUAUCGAGGAGUUCGUUGCGUACAUUCCUGCCAUAGUUACUAUUUGGAGUAUCUUCUGUCGCACCACUGUUGAUCUCUAUUUCGUUGCUCGUGAAGCCAGGUGGUGUGUUGGGUAAUUGCUCAUUCUCAUCAAAACAGAUGUUGUGGAGUACUGCAGCGGUCGCAACAAGCAUUUGUGCAGUCGAUGUUUUGACACGCAAACCAUAGGCCAAUGCUGGAAAGCGUCGCUUCAGCACUCCAUAUGAGCGUUCCACGCAAUUCCUGGUGGCGAUAAUUGCCCGCUGAUAUUCCUGUACGUGUUGUAAUCCAGCGCGAAGCUCAGAACUAUUUUCUGCGAAUGGCGUUGCCAGGAAGGGAGAAUUGGCAUAGCCGGGAUCACCGACUAAAAUGUAGUGGCGAAAUUCGCCCGCUUCG